GACUACGGCUAUUGCACGUCCUGCGAACUUAAGUUCGCUGGCGACGACGGCCUGAUCGAGUAUUGCCGGACCGAGGCCGGUGCCGGUUUCGAUUGGGCCGGGACGCACUACGAUAAUACCUGUACACCGGGCGACGACUGCACCCCGGGCUAUUUGGCGAUGGAGUGCCGAGACGACGGGCACCUGUGGUCCGGGCAUUGUGGCGCGGUUCCCUGCGGCGAGGACUGCCAAAUGACAAACGACCUAACGAUGGAGACGGGCUACCAAUACACCUGCGAGCCGGGCACGAAUACCUAUUACUACGACGAAGACAUUGACGGCAACAUCGAGCUCGAGGCGCAGUUCGAGGCGUGCGGGUACGACGACUGCUCGGAGGACGACGACGACGACGACGACGACGACGACGACUGCGCAGAGGGCUGGCGCGUGUUUGAUUGCCUCGACGACGGGACGGUGAUGCACGGCGAGGGCUGCACCUCGUGCGAAGGCUGCGACCUGUGGGAUUUCACGGCGGCAUCGGAAGGCCGCGUGACCUGCAAGCGAGACGGCCACGGCUCGUACUCGUACAGCUACUCGCACAGCUACUCGUACUCGUAUCGCACGGCGACCUAUUUCUACGACGAGGACCUCGACGGCCGCGUCGACGAGGAACGCGUCUUCGAGUCCUGCUCGUACCAAAGCUGCGAGGGCGGCUCGGGGGAUUUUGCCAGAUACGAGGUCAGCGGCGGACCAAUGACGUUUAGUUCCUGCGAGGAUCACUGCGCGAGUCUGGGCGGCACGGUGGCCUGCGUGACGUCGGACGCCGACGAGACCGCGCUCGACGCGCUUCGGGCCGGAGCCAUGUGCGACGAAGUCUGGGUCGGAUUCAACGACGCCGACGGCGACGGGGCGUGGGUUUGGCCGGCCGGCUGUUCGUCGGCGCGCGAGUACGGCGAGUGCGACGGCGGGCCGUGUGAGGACCACGCCGGCCACUGCGUCACCCUCAACAGGAAUGUGAAUAUGUGCUCCGAGAGUUCCCAGUGUUGCGCCUGCUCGAUAUCUGGCUCCUGCACGGAACUGAGUGGUGUCCAGCGCGACCUCUGCGAGUGGCACGACGUCGCCGGCAUGGGCAGCGACGCGGCGGGGCUCAACGCCUGCCGCGCGUGGUGCGACGCCGAGGCGAGUUGCUUCGCCAUCCAGUGGGUUCCCGGCGAAGGCUGGUGCAACCCGUGCACCGGCUGGGCCAACGACCAGGGCGUCGACUCGCUGGGCGCCUGGGCGGCGACGUCGGGCGACGCCGAGGUGCAGAGCAAGGAGUGCUGGCAGAGCGGGCAUGACCACGACGAUGGCGACGAGGACGACUGCACGCCGGGCUGGCACUCCAUGAAUUGUCUGGACGGGACGGUGAUGUACGGCGAGGGCUGCACCUCUUGCGGCGACUGCGCGAUGUACGACCUCACGGCGGCCACCUUGGGCUUAAUCACGUGCAAACGAGACGCUUCGUACUCGUACUCGUACAGCUACGGUCGCGACCACGCAGCGACCUAUUUCGAGGGCGGCGUCGAGUUUCCGGUUCCAGGGGAGUGCUGGUACGACGACUGCAGCGCCUCCACGGAUUACGAAGGUCCGUGCACCGAGAACUGCGUCGCGUGCGACGGCCCGGGAUACGAAGACUGUCUGGAGUGCGAACCGGGUUACGCACACUACGACGAGGACGGCGACGGCGGGGGUUCGUGCUGCACGCCGGGCUACGAGGUCAUUGAGUGCCGCGACGAUGGCACGCCGAUGCGCGGGGUUGGCUGCGCCUCGUGCGACGCGACGGCCUGCGCGCUGCACGACGCGACGUUCGACUUCGGUGGCCGCGUGACCUGCGAGCCCGGCACGUCGCCGAUCGUCUAUUAUCACGACUACGACGACGACGGCAUCGUCGACGAAGAGGGGACGCGCGAGCCGUGCUCCUACGACGACUGCGGCGGCGGGGCUGCGGACGAAGACGAGGACCACUGCACCCCGGGCUGGCAUUCCGUGAAGUGCCUCGACGACGGGACGGUGAUGCGCGGCGAGGGCUGCACCUCGUGCGGCGACUGCGCGAUGUACGACUACACGGCGGCCACUGGCGGCCGAGCCACCUGCAAGCUACACGGCCCGGAUGGUUCGUACUCGUACUCGUACUCGCACAGCUACUCGUACAGCUACGGCCAGGGCGUCACGGCGACCUACUACUACGACGGCGUCGAGCAGGCGAUGGAGGAGUGCUGGUACGACGACUGCUCGGAGGACGAGGACGAGGACUGGAUGUGGGAGAAUGACUGUCGCCCGGACUACUGCACGUCAUUGGGCGGUGACUGCUGCGCCUCGAUGGAUUGGGGCGAACCGGCGACAUGCGCGAACGGCUACACUCCGAUGCCGCCAAACCCGUCCGGGGACGACUGCCGGUACACGUGCUGUCCUGCGGGUCCAUCUCAUGCGCCGACGACGGCCGUCCCCACGAUCAGUGUCGCGCCCACGAUCGACGUGUGUUCGACGGUCGGCGAAUUCGACUACGAGGGCCGCACGCUCUACUGCGUCGAGGCCGAGGGCGAGCUCCACAACGUCCUGCGCGUCGAGGACGGCCACAGUACGUGCCGCCACACGGACGAGAACAGCUGCCCCGCCGGCUUCGACAUCUGGGUGCCGCGCAGCUACGCGCACGCGCUCGCCGUCCUCGAGGCGACGGGCGGGCAAGACCUCCAGCAUCACCACUUCCUCGUCGGCAUUUACCGCGACGAGGACGGCUGCGGCUCGUGCGGCGACUACCCGAUGAACAGCGACGCCAUGGCCACGUACAGCGGCGUCGGCUGGCGGGGCGUCGCAAGAGGCGAUUGGUUCAUGCGGUCGUCGGCCUAUCACGAGCCAAACGGCGACUACGAAGCCGGCUGCUGGCUUGGUACGUACGGCUGGUCGACCGAAGGCUUCGAGUUCCACGACAACUAUUGCCAUCAGUGCUUCUCGACGUACCUAUGCUCGACGAAUACCGCAAAGGCCGCGCCCAGUCCCGCGCCGACCAUCACGGCGGCGCCGACGGUCACCGCCAUACCCACGGCGGCCGAGCACUGGCGGACCGGCCCCGCGGGCGCCUGCGACGCAGAUGACGAACAUUGGCUCGGUUACAUGCCCUCGCGCGAGGCGUGCAUCGAGGCCUGCGACGCGGCGGGCUACGACGCCAUGGCCUGGGACACGAACGAGAAGAAUUGCGUUUGUUUCAUGCAGGACCAGUGCGAGUGCGUCUACACAGACGAGUGCUGGUGCGAAGGCAAGGACGGGUUCGAGCCCUGGAUGAUGUCCGAGAGCGAGUGCGCCGCGCACGGAUGCGAUUACUACUCGGAAUGGAGCUACUGCAGUUGCGAAGACCCCGACUCGUGCGCGUCCGCCGGAGGAGAGCCGAAUUGCCAGUCCUUCGCACCGAUGGCGUUCAAGGGCAACUUCAUGGUAGAAAUGUGCAUCGACUGCAGCGACGUCACGGUGGCGGACGACCUCGGCUGGGCGCCGGACGGAACCACUUACCACAGCGAUCACUCGAUGGGCUGGUGCUACAGUGAUCUUGAUGAGCUCAUUGGCUGCACGGCGUCGCCGGGCGAGUGCUGGACGAUCUGUGAGGACGCGCACGGCGACGACCUCGUGGCCAUCGACUGGGAGGACGGCGAGUGCUACUGCCGGGACGACUGCCUGUGCAUGGCGGAAGCCGGCCAAGAAGAAACCUACCUGAUCACGCGCGAAGGGACGGCGUUACCCCAGGAGUGCGAAGGCGACGAGGACGAGGACGCGGACGAAGACGAGGAUGGCUGCACCCCGGGCUGGCACUCCAUGAAGUGCCUCGACGACGGGACGGUGAUGCGCGGCGAGGGCUGCGCCUCGUGCGGCGACUGCGCGAUGUACGACUUCACGGCGGCCACUGGCGGCCGAGCCACCUGCGAGCUACACGGCCCCGAUGGUUCGUACUCGUACUCGUACUCGCACAGCUACUCUUACAGCUACGGCCAGGGCGUCACGGCGACCUACUACUACGACGGCGUCGAGCAGGUGGUGGAGGAAUGCGGGUACGAAGACUGCCUUAUUGCCUAUUAUCCCUUCGUCGACGGGACGACGCAGGACGCCCAUAACAGCUGGAAUGGCAUGCCCGAGACCAUGGCCACGACCGAGGGCCGAGACGGUGGUACGGCAAUAACGCUGGCCGGCAUGCGCUGGGAGUCUGUCUGGCUUCCCUGGGAGGUGGUGCGAGACCUCGACGGCGACGCCGAUCGAACCGUCUGUCUCUGGGCGCGCAUCGACUUGUGGAACGGCGGCUACCUGUUCCACUACGGCGGCUCGUCCGACCCCGGGUCGUACGCGCCGACGCUCCAAGAUACCUACGAUCCGACGUACGCGCCGACGCUCCAAGAUACCUACGAUCCGACGUCCGCGCCGACCGCGGCACCGAGCCCGUUCACACGGGUUCCCACGACCGCGCCGCCGAGUUACGUACCGUCGAGCGCCCCAAGCGCUACGCCGACAGUGCCCAGGCCGUCUUAUCGGCCGACGACGGAGCGGACGUUCGAGCCCACGAGCGAGCCUACUUCGGGGCCCACGGCCGAGCCGACGACGGAGACCGACGCGCCUUCCUCGGUGCCGACCGGCGCGCCGACGUCCUGGACGCCGGCGCCGUUCGCAGCGCCGCCGGACGAUGAUGAGAUUCGGCGGCGGCGGCUCACGCACGACGAACUCUCGGCGUCCUUUGGCCUGCGCGUCGGCACCGAGGAAGGCGACCUAGUGAUCAUCGCCGACAGCACGCAGGCGGCAGUGAGCCUCGGCCGCCACAUCGACUGGCGAGACUUUCAUCACUUUUGUCUCACGUACGACGGCCCGAGCCGCGGCGGCAACUCGGCGCUGGCCUUGUACUUCGACGGCGAGCGCAGCUGGCAGGAGACUAUAGGCCUCGACACGAAGAUAGAGGAGGGGCGCUGGAUGUCGCUCGGCAUGGACCAGAUGAUGAGCUAUCCCCUGACCGCCGCGCUGGACGAGGUCUACAUCUACGCCCGCGCCCUCGACGCGUCGGCCGUCGCCGUGCUCUACGGCAGCGUGAGCGCGGCGCCGACCGUCACGCCGGUGCCUACGACGACCGAGCACUGGCGGACCGGUCCCGUGGGCGCCUGCGACGCAGAUGACGAACAUUGGCUCGGUUACAUGCCCUCGCGCGAGGCGUGCAUCGAGGCCUGCGACAUGCAUGGCUACGACGCCAUGGCCUGGGACACGAACGAGAAGAAUUGCAUAUGUUUCAUGCAGGACCAGUGCGAGUGCGUCUACACAGACGAGUGCUGGUGCGAAGGCAAGGACGGGUUCGAGCCCUGGAUGAUGUCCGAGAGCGAGUGCGCCACGCACGGAUGCGAGUACGAGGUUGAGGAUUAUUGGAGCUGGUGCGAGUGCGAAGACCCCGACUCGUGCGCGUCCGCCGGGGGAGAGCCACAAUGCCGUUCCUUCGGACCGAUGGCGUUCAAGGGCAACUUCACGGUAGAAAUGUGCCCUGACUGCAGCAACGUCACGGUGGCGGACGACCUCAACUGGGCGCCGGACGGAUCCAUGGCUCAUGGUCACUCGAUGGGCUAUUGCGACAGCGAUCUGGAUAGGCGCAUUGGCUGCACGGCGUCGCCGGGCGAGUGCUGGACGAUGUGUGAGGACGCGUACGGCGAUGGUUUGGUGGCCAUCGACUGGGGGGACGGCGAUUGCUACUGUCAGAACGACUGCCCGUGCAUGGAUGACGUCGGCAACGAAGAAAGCUACCUGAUCACGCGCGACUCGUUCGCCGCGCUGCCGCAGGAGUGCGAAGGCGACGAGGACGAGGACGCGGACGAGGACGAGGACGGGGACGAAGAUGAGGAUGGCUGCACCCCGGGCUGGCACUCCAUGAAGUGCCUCGACGACGGGACGGUGAUGCGCGGCGAGGGCUGCGCCUCGUGCGGCGACUGCGCGAUGUACGACUACACGGCGGCCACUGGCGGCCUGAUCACUUGCAAGCUGCACGGCCCCGAGGGUUCGUACUCGUACUCGUACUCUUAUAGCUACCAGGGCGGCAUGGCGACCUACCUCUACGAUAGUGCCACCGUCGGGAGCAGACAACUGGUCCUGCCUUUUAACCCACAUGGCGCCGAGCUCCGGUUCCGAGCUCAAGACCUGAAUGAUGGAAUGACUACUAACGGUUGGUCGUUAUACGACGGCGACAACGUCGUGGCGUGGCUCACGCUUGGCGACAGCGAUCAACACACGACGCACGUGUGCCUCAAUAGCGUGGUCUCUGACAAUAUGGAUGCAGGCUACCCAUGCCUGGAACUUCUGGGACCGGACACGCACGCGCGGCUCGCACCGACCGACUGGGUGACGGUCGUGUUCUCGGCGUCGACCGACGCGCCGGCGGUGUCGAUCUACAUCAACGGAGUCGUCGCGGCGACGUCGAGCCAGACCGGAAGCACGUAUCAUGCCGAGAGUGGCAACUCCCUCGACGCGCCGCUCCAACUGCGAGUCGAGGGAGAGUGGAUACAUGAGCUACAGGUUGACUGGUCUUCAGAGGAGUGCUGGUACGAAGACUGCCUCAUUGCCUAUUAUCCCUUCGUCGACGGGACGACGCAGGACGCCCAUAACAGCUGGAAUGGCAUGCCCGAGACCAUGGCCACGACCGAGGGCCGAGACGGCGGUACGGCAAUAACGCUGGCCGGCAUGCGCUGGGAGUCCGUCUGGCUUCCCUGGGAGGUGGUGCGAGACCUCGACGGCGACGCCGAUCGAACCGUCUGUCUCUGGGCGCGCAUCGACUUGUGGAACGGCGGCUACCUGUUCCACUACGGCGGCUCGUCCGACCCCGGGUCGUACGCGCCGACGCUCCAAGAUACCUACGCGCCGACGUACGCGCCGACGCUCCAAGAUACCUACGAUCCGACGUCCGCGCCGACCGCGGCACCGAGCCCGUUCACACGGGUUCCCACGACCGCGCCGCCGAGUUACGUACCGUCGAGCGCCCCAAGCGCUACGCCGACAGUGACCAGGCCGCCGAGUUACGUACCCUCGAGCGCCCCAAGCGCUACGCCGACAAUGCCCAGGCCGUCGUACCGGCCGACGACCGGCGCGCCGACGUCCUGGACGCCGGCGCCGUUCGCAGCGCCGCCGGACGACGAUGAGAUCCGGCGGCGGCGGCUCACGCACGACGAACUCUCGGCGUCCUUUGGCCUGCGCGUCGGCACCGAGGAAGGCGACCUAGUGAUCAUCGCCGACAGCACGCAGGCGGCAGUGAGCCUCGGCCGCCACAUCGACUGGCGAGACUUUCAUCACUUUUGUCUCACGUACGACGGCCCGAGCCGCGGCGGCAACUCGGCGCUGGCCUUGUACUUCGACGGCGAGCGCAGCUGGCAGGAGACUAUAGGCCUCGACACGAAGAUAGAGGAGGGGCGCUGGAUGUCGCUCGGCAUGGACCAGAUGAUGAGCUAUCCCCUGACCGCCGCGCUGGACGAGGUCUACAUCUACGCCCGCGCCCUCGACGCGUCGGCCGUCGCCGUGCUCUACGGCAGCGUGAGCGCGGCGCCGACCGUCACGCCGGUGCCUACGACGGCCGAGCACUGGCGGACCGGUCCCGUGGGCGCCUGCGAGUCAGAUGACGAACAUUGGCUCGGUUACAUGCCCUCGCGCGAGGCGUGCAUCGAGGCCUGCGACGCGGCGGGCUACGACGCCAUGGCCUGGGACAUGAGCGAGGGGGAAUGCGUUUGUUUCAUGCAGGACCAGUGCGGCUGCGUCUACACAGACGAUUGCUGGUGCGAAGGCAAGGACGGGUUCGAGCCCUGGAUGAUGUCCGAGAGCGAGUGCGCCGCGCACGGAUGCGAGUACGAGGUUGAGGAUGAUUGGAGCGGGUGCGAGUGUGAUGAAGCCAUGUGCGCGUCGGCCGGGGGGCAGUGGCACUGCCAUUCCUUCGGACCGAUGGCGUUCAAGGGCAAUUUCACGGUAGAAAUGUGCCCUGACUGCAGCAACGUCACCAUGGCGGACGACCUCGGCUGGGCACCCGACGGAUCGAUUCCGCAUGGUUCGUCGAUGGGCUGGUGCUACAGCGAGCUGGAUAAGCUCAUUGGCUGCACGGCGUCGCCGGGCGACUGCUGGGCGAUGUGCGAGGACGAUCCCUACAUCGACGACCUCGUGGCCAUCGACUGGAACGAGGAUGGCGAGUGCUAUUGUCAGAACGACUGCCUGUGCAUGGCGGAAGUUGGUGACGAAGAAAGCUACCUGAUCACGCGCGACUCGUUCGCCGCGCUGCCGCAGGAGUGCGAAGGCGACGAGGACGAGGACGCGGACGAAGACGAGGACCACUGCACCCCGGGCUGGCACUCCGUGAAGUGCCUCGACGACGGGACGGUGAUGCGUGGCGAGGGCUGCACCUCGUGCGGCGACUGCGCGAUGUACGACUACACUACGGCCACUGGCGGCCGAGCCACCUGCGAGCUGCACGGCCCCGAUGGUUCGUACUCGUACUCGCACUCGCACAGCUUCUCGUACAGCUACGGCCAGGGCGUCAUGGCGACCUACUACUACGACGGCGCCGAGCAGGCGGUGGAGGAGUGCUGGUACGACGACUGCUCGGAGGACGAGGACGAGGACUGGAGGUGGGCGAACGGCUGUCGCCAGGACUACUGCACGUCCAUGGGCGACGACUGCUACGCCUCGAUGGACUGGGGCGAGCCGGCGACCUGCUCAAACGGCUACUUUCCGUCGCCGCCGAACCCGCCUGAGCAUGACUCCGAGUACACGUGCUGCCCGAGCGCGACCAGUUAUCGCUCCGGUUCGUGCGGGGACCACGCCUGGGGCGCCGAUCGCGACGGAUACUCCAAGUGCGCCUCGGUGGGUAGAGAACCCUAUCCCGAGGGCGACGCCGCCCUCCACGCAAUGGGCGACGACGCGGAGACGUGCUGCCCGGGCGGGAUGUAUCCCAGUCCCGCGCCGACGAUCACAGCGGCGCCGACGGUCACCGCCAUACCCACGGCGGCCGAGCACUGGCGGACCGGCCCCGCGGGCGCCUGCGACGCAGAUGACGAACAUUGGCUCGGUUACAUGCCCUCGCGCGAGGCGUGCAUCGAGGCCUGCGACGCGGCGGGCUACGACGCCAUGGCCUGGGACACGAACGAGAAGAAUUGCGUUUGCUUCAUGCAGGACCAGUGCGAGUGCGUCUACACAGACGAGUGCUGGUGCGAAGGCAAGGACGGGUUCGAGCCCUGGAUGAUGUCCGAGAGCGAGUGCGCCGCGCACGGAUGCGAAUACGAGGUUGAGGAUUAUUGGAGCUGGUGCGAGUGCGAAGACCCCGACUCGUGCGCGUCCGCCGGGGGAGAGCCACAAUGCCAUUCCUUCGCACCGAUGGCGUUCAAGGGCAAUUUCACGGUAGAAAUGUGCAUCGACUGCAGCAACUUCACGGUGGCGGACGACCUCGGCUGGGCACCCGACGGAUCGAUUCCGCAUGGUUCGUCGAUGGGCUGGUGCUACAGCGAGCUGGAUGAUGACAUUGGCUGCACGGCGUCGCCGGGCGACUGCUGGGCGAUGUGCGAGGACGCGUACGGCGACGAUCUUGUGGCCAUCGACUGGGGGGACGGCGAGUGCUAUUGUCAGAACGACUGCCAGUGCAUGGAGGACGUCGGCGACGACGAAAGCUACCUUAUCACGCGCGACUCGUUCGCCGCGCUGCCGCAGGAGUGCGAAGGCGACGAGGACGAGGACGGGGACGACGACGCCCCCGGCGACAACUGCGCGGCGGCGAUGGCCUGUUCCGCGUGCGGCGAUGGCUGCGCUUGGUGCGCUGCGGAUCUGAUCUGUGCCGCUGCCGACAACAUUCCAACGAAAAGCGACCUUUGGGACCAGGGACACACCGCAGUGACCUGUGACGUCGAUGAUUACGUAACGACGUGUCCGCCGCGCGACGACCCCGUGCCGGACCCGUAUUACGAGGCCCAGUGGUACCUCGGAGCAAUCCGCGCGCCCGAGGCAUGGGCCGCGGGCUACACGGGUACCGGGGUCCAGAUCCUCAUCAACGACGAAGGCGUCGACAACACGCACCCGGACCUGGCGAAGCUCGACGUGGCCAACUCGUGUGACGUCUACAAGCCCUCCGGCGGGGACGCGCACGGGACGGUCUGCGCGUCGCUGGCGGCCGGCGACUCGAACUCGCAUUGUGGAGUAGGUGCGGCGCCAAAUGCGGGCCUGGCGUCGUGCGUCCUCUUUUCGAGCUCGGGCGGUCCAGUCGCGUCCCAGGCCUACGGCGAGGACUACCUCGCCUGGGCCUCCGACGCCAACGACAUCUCGUCGAACAGCUGGGGCAUCGACCAUUGCUGGCGCACCGCCUACUCGGCGGACUGCCCGUUCGCGUGCCCCGCGGCGAACGAGUACUGCCCGUGCGCCACGUGCGCCGCUGACGAAUGGGCGUCGCGGGACCUCUCGGCAUCGUGCGAGCAGGCCGUCGUCACCUACUGCGCCGACUUCUUCGAGGACGACGUGACGCCCUGUCUAGAAUUAGAUCACUACUUCGUCCAGUGCGGCUACGGCCAGCUCUCGACCGCGGCGCACGACAAGCUCGUCGAGGGCGCGACGGCGGGCCGCAAGGGUCUAGGUAUGGUCUUUGUGUUCGCCGCGGGCAACGAGUACCAAAUCGGCGACGACGUGAACUACGAAGGUUACCUGAAUUCCCGAUUCACCAUUUCGGUGGGCGCGCUCGGCCGUGACCUCAAGCACGCGCGAUACUCGUCGAGCGGCGCGCCCGUCUUCAUCAGCGCGCCCGGCGGCGACUGGGAGAACUACCACGGGCUGUUCGCCGCGCUGCCGCUCGCCCACGGCGCCGUCGACAACUGCGGCGACGCCGGAGUCGGCACGUCGUACGCGUGUCCGCUGGUCUCCGGCGUCGUCGCGCUGGUGCUGGAGGCGAACCCUAGCCUAUCUUGGCGCGACGUCCAGGGGGUCCUGGCCGCGACCGCGCGGAUUGACUUCAACGACGAGGACGACGAGACCGGCCAGUGGACCACGAACGUGGCGGGCGUCAAGCACAGCUACAAGUACGGCUUUGGGCUCGUCGACGCGCUUGCCGCCGUCGAGCGCGCGGCGACCUGGGCGACGUGGGGCGCCGAGAGGAGCGUGAUCAACGCGACGACGAGCGGCGAGGCGUUGCUCGAUUACGACGGCGCCGAGCACUGGGUCGAGUCGACGGCCGCGGAGUUUUCCGGCGCGGUGGACUUCGUGAUCGAAACGAUCGCGGUCUACGUGACUAUAGAACACCCGCGCCGCGGCGACCUGAGGAUCGAGCUCGAGCGGAACGGCGUUUCGUCGUUACUCACGGACGACAAGCUCGAGCACGGCACGAGCUAUACGCAUCACAAGUACACGACAUUGCGCCACUGGGGCGAAUCCGCAGACGCCGGGGCGUUCACGCUCCGCGUAGCGGAUCGACGGUCGGGCGAUGGCGGACGACGACGACUCGACGGGCAGGACUCGUACUCGUACUCGUACUCGUACUCGGACCAUUCCCACGAGACGAGUCCAGCGGGCAUUUUGGUGUCGUGGACGCUCCAGCUCUACGGCCACGCCACCCCGACGGACGCG